AUGUUCAACAAAAGCGUAAAUAGUGGUUUCACCUUCGGAAACCAAAACGCAUCGACGCCAACAUCUACACCGGCACAGCCUACCAGUUCCCUUCAAUUUCCUCAAAAAUCUACCGGGUUAUUCGGGAGUGCCAAUGCUAAUGCAAAUACUUCAACGCCUAGCCCAUCCGGUAGUUUGUUCAGUGCCAAUUCCAAUGCUAACACUUUAGGCCAACAACCAACUAGCAAUUCAUUAUUCGGCAAUAAACCGACGCAGCCGUCAGGCGGUCUGUUUGGUGGUACGAGCAGCACUACCUCUAAAAGUAUCGGAAGUUCAUCUGGGAAUAACAACUUCACACCAAAUCCAACAGGCCCUACAGGAUUGUUCAAUAACAAUUCGACAGGAUCUACCGUGCCAAAUGGCAGUUUAUUUGGGAAUAGUAAUAACACAAGUUCAACUUUAUCAACCAGUAAUUUGUUUGGUAAUAAUAACAAUAUAACUUCUACUGCACAAGGCGGUGCUUUGUCUGGUAAGCCUGCCACAAGUUAUGUUGGGGCUGGAAGCCUAUUUGGAAACUCUUCAUCUACAAACACAUCUGCGGGGUUAUUUGGAUCAAAUAAUACACGGGGCUCUACAGGUCUUUUCGGCCAAAAACCAGGAACUUCAACCACUGGAGCAGGAUUGUUUGGGAAUAAUAGUUCUACAUUAUCACAAUCAGGUGAAACUACUGGAAGUAUGUCAACCAAUCCAUAUGGGAUCAACAUAAGUAACAUCCCUAUGUCAGUGGCUAACAUGCCACGGUCUAUUACGUCUUCUUUGCCAGAUGAGAAUGAUAAGUCAGGUGUAACAUCGAAACCAACUGAGAAUAGAAGAGCUUAUUCAUUUUCUUCCACAGUUUCAGGAAACACUGCUUUACCACGCGUAUCACAAUCAAGCUUAGUCAGUAAAUUAAGCAGCAGACUAAAAAACACCCAGAAAAGCACAGCACCGAAUGAAAUUUUUUCUUCAUCUUACAGCAAGCCAUGGUUGAAUGGAACGAGCUCGAAUUCCUUAGUGAAGGACCUUUCUUCUUCCAAAAAAACACCUCGUAAUUCUAGUGAAAACAUCAAGUUCAACACGAACGGCUUCACUUUCCUUUCUUCUCAAAAGACCGACUUAACAGAAUUGCGUAAAUUAAAGAUUGAUUCCAACAGAAGUGCUGCAAAAAAAUUGAAGUUACUGUCCGGUAGUCCGGCAACUACGAAAGAUGAUAGGCAGGACGAAGAGAGCGCUUUUGGAGAUGAAUCAAUGGGCAGCACUAAUAAGGCAACUAACAUGAAUAGCAAAGAAAAUGUUAAAAAUGAUGACGUCGGGCCUUAUUUCAAUAGAAAGGAUCAGUCGAAUGAUUGGGAUAUAACACGAGAUGGUGAAAAUACCACACAAAAUGAAAACUUAAAAUAUUGCGAUUAUUGGUGCUCUCCUUCUCCAGAGCAACUCGAGCAUUUAUCGUUGAAGCAGUUAGCUUCCAUUCCAAAUUUUGUCAUAGGGAGAAAAGGGUACGGUUGCAUUACGUUCAAGCAUGAAGUGGAUCUUACGGCAUUUGCCAGAAAUUUUAAAGAAGAACUAUUUGGUAAGACUGUAAUAUUCCGCUCCUCUAAGACAGUUGAAGUUUAUCCUGACGAAGCUACUAAGCCUAUGGUUGGACAUGGCCUAAAUGUUCCUGCCAUCAUUACCUUAGAGAGUGUUUAUCCUAUGGAUAAAACAACUAAAAGGCCAAUGAAGGAUACCUCAAAGUUUGCCGAAUUUCAAAGUUUGGAUAGAAAACUUAGAAACAUGAGGGAAAUGAAUUUUAUAUCCUAUAAUCCGUUUGGUGGUAUUUGGACAUUCAAAGUCAAUCAUUUUAGCAUUUGGGGUUUAGUAAAUGAGGAAGACGCUGAAAUAGAUCAAGAAGAUUCAGGGGGAAAAAACGAAGAUGAGCAUGAGCGUCCCUCAAAAAAGGUGCGCACUCUGGCACAAUCGAGGCCCUCGAACGAAGAGGUAGUUCUUGAAACAAAUGACGCUUUCGAAAGUUUGUCAAGUAAGGAGGCCUCCAUCAUUGAAGAAAAGGCAUACGAACCUGAUGUAUCUGAGGCGGACUUUGAAGGUAUCGAAGUCUCUCCUGGUCUGGAUAUUUCUAAAGAUUGGGUAGAGCAAUUAACCUUAGCUGGGUCCUCAUUACGUUCUGUGUUUACUACUUCGAAGGAAUCUGUCGGUCCCUGUCAGGAUGAAAUGGAUUUACUAUUUUCUGAAUUCAAUGAUGAAAUCAAAAAGGGGAAACACAUCCUGAAGGAAAGAAGAUUUACUGCUCCCUACACAUUUGCCAAGUUUUCGACAGGUUCGAUGCUUUUGACAAAAAACAUUUUUGAUAAAACAGGUGUUUCGGUUCAGCGUAUGCCAAGUGAGUUGAAAAGAGAUUUUUUACUUGAUGAUCUUUAUUUGGACAAAGAAAUUGAGAAAGUAACCAUUGAAUUAAGAGAAGCGAACUCGUAUCCCCAAGUUACUGAGAGUUCUCUACUAUUUAAAGACGUCUUAGGUUAUAUGAAAAAAUCCUCCAGUGACUAUAAUUUAUGGAAGCUUUCGUCUAUUCUGUUUGACCCUGUCUCUUACCCAUAUGAUAUACCCAAUGCUCAGGCAAAAGGAGCAUUGUUGAGAAGAGAAAGACAUCGUCAAUUAACUUUGUGGAUUGUUAAUCGAAUCACUGCAGAAGUUGAAGAAAAAAUCAAGAGUUCUUCCGAUGAAAUCGAACAAAUAUUCUUAUAUUUAAUGUUAAACGAUGUUGUGAGGGCUUCCAAGUUAGCAAUUGAGUCCAAGAAUGGUCAUUUGAGCGUGUUAAUAUCUUGUCUAGGUUCGAAUGACCCUAGAAUACGUGAUUUAGCAAAGCUGCAAUUACAGAAGUGGUCAACUGGCGGAGGCAGCGUUAACAACUACAUUUCGAGAGUUUACAAGCUGUUAAGCGGGUCACCCUUUGAAGGCCUAUUUUCCCUCAAAGAGCUUGAAAAUGAAUUUAGUUGGUUGUGCCUUCUAAAUUUGACACUAUGCUACGGUGAAAUAGAUGAGUAUUCCCUAGAAGCCCUCGUUCAAUCGCAUUUAGAUAUGUUUUCUUUGACUUAUAAUGAUCCUAUUAGUGCCAUUUUCCAAUUAUAUGCAGCUAAUGAAAACACAGAAAAGUUGUACAAAGAUGUUAGGCAAAGAACUAAGGCCUUAGAUGUUCAAUACUGUUGGUACUUGAUUCAAACAUUAAAGUUCAAUGAAAUUCGCGUUUUUUCGAAAGAGACUAGUGACGAAGCUACAUUUGCCUUUGCAGCCCAACUAGAAUUCGCACAACUACAUAGUCAUUCUCUCUUUGUUUCCUGCUUUUUCAAUGAUGAUGCUGUCGCGGAAGACAUCAUUAAAAGACUUGUUAUUCGUGAAAUAUCAUUACUACAAAAGGCUCCAAACGAUCAUAUUGUAAAAAAACUGAGAAUCCCUUCACGAUUGAUAUUCAAUGCUCAGGCCUUGAAAGAUAGAUACGAAGGUAAUUAUUUUUCUGAGGUGCAGAAUCUAUUAAAGGGAUCGUCCUAUGAUUUGGCAGAAAAAACAAUUGUUACAGUGUUGGGACCAAGGCUCUUGUUAUCAAACGAUCCCAUGCAGAAUAAUGAACUGGAAACUUUAAGAAAAAUUCUUAACGAAUUUCCCGAUUCUGAGAAAGAUAAAUGGGGCGUAAGCAUGAAAGUUUUUGAAGACUACCUGAAGUUCAUAUUAGAAAAAGUAGAGACCCCAGAAACUAUAAACUCGCUGAUUAAUGGGAUGAAGAUAUUUUACGAAGAAAAUAAGCAUAAUCGUGAAGUUCCUGCAUGUUGUAAUGUUAUGUCUGAGAAGAUUGUAUCAAAUAUACUAAAAAAGAACAGCUCUAUCAUCGGCGACUCGAAGAGCAAAUUGCUUGGCCUCCCUUUAGGACAGCCUGAAAAGGCUUACUUGGAGAGCGAGUUUGCCAAAAUUUAA